UCCCGGCUCUGCCCCGGCCUGGCCCUUGCAGCUCCCGGACUCCCCCACUUUGCAACUGUUGGCACUUUGGGAGCUUUGCCUUUCCCGCUCCCUCCCAUCUUCGGCCGCCCCCCUCUCCCGUGCCCAGCAUGGGCAGACUUGGGAGUUGGCUGGCGACUUUGGCCGGACUCGUGCUGACCGCCCGGGGGGACACCUUUUCAGGUGGUUGUUCCUUUGAUGAGGCCUUUAGCACGUGUGGAUAUAGCCAGGCCGAUGAUGAUGACUUUGACUGGGAUCAGGUGAACACACUAAUCAAGCCCUCUUCAGAUCCCUGGAUGCCUUCAGGUUCCUUCAUGUUGGUUAAUACCUCAGGGAGGUUUUCUGGGCAAAGAACUCAUCUGCUGUUACCCCAGCUCAAAGAAAAUGACACUCACUGCAUCGACUUCCACUACUUUGUGUCCAGCAGAAGCGGCUCUAGUCCCGGGGCUCUGAAUGUCUAUGUGAAGGUUAACAGUGGUCCUUUGGGAAACCCCAUAUGGAAUGUGUCCGGGACCCCCUCUGGCACGUGGAACAGAGCAGAACUGGCAAUCAGUACCUUUUGGCCCAAUUUUUACCAGGUAAUUUUUGAAGUGAUAACUUCAGGACAGCCUGGAUACCUGGCUAUUGAUGAAGUGAAGGUGUUAGGACAUCCAUGUACCAAAACUCCCCAUUUCCUGAGGAUUCAGAAUGUGGAAGUAAACGCUGGACAGUUUGCCACUUUUCAGUGCAGUGCCAUUGGGAGGACUGUGGUCGGUGACAGGCUUUGGUUACAGGGUAUCUAUGUAAGGGAUGCCCCGCUGAAGGAAAUUAAAAUAACUAGUCCCCGUCGAUUCAUAGCUUCAUUCAGCGUUGUGAACACAACCAAAAGGGAUGCUGGGAAUUACCGAUGCAUGAUUCGCACCGAAGGAGGCGUCGGAGUCUCGAACUAUGCGGAAUUGGUCGUGAAAGAGCCACCGGUCCCCAUUGCCCCUCCCCAGCUGCACUCCGUGGGUGCCACCUACCUCUGGAUCCAGCUCAAUGCCAACUCCAUCAACGGGGACGGGCCAAUUGUCGGACGUGAGGUGGAAUACUGCACCGCCAGCGGCAGCUGGAGCGACCGGCAGCCCGUGGAUUCAACGAGUUACAAAAUCGGGCAUCUGGACCCCGAUACCGAGUACGAGAUUAGCGUGCUGCUCACCAGACCGGGGGAAGGUGGCACCGGAUCGCCUGGCCCUGCGCUCAAGACGAGGACCAAGUGUGCCGAUCCUAUGCGUGGACCAAGAAACCUGGAGGUGGUGGAGAUCAAAUCCCGACAAAUCACAAUCCGCUGGGAGCCUUUUGGAUACAACGUAACUCGGUGCCAUCGAUAUAACCUCACUGUGCAUUACUGUUACCAAGUUGGAGGGCAGGAGCAAGUCCGCGAGGAAGUAAGCUGGGACACCGAAAACCUGCACCCGCAGCACACAAUCACUAAUCUGUCACCGUACACCAAUGUCAGUGUGAAGCUGGUGCUCAUGAAUCCAGAGGGACGAAAAGAGAGUCAAGAACUUAUUGUCCAGACAGAUGAGGACCUACCAAGCCCUGUCCCUACUGAAUCCAUUCAAGGAAGUACCUUUGAGGAGAAGAUCUUUCUUCAGUGGCGGGAACCUGCUCAAACCUAUGGCGUGAUCACUUUCUAUGAGAUCACCUACAAGGCAGUCAGCUCCUUUGACCCAGAAAUAGAUUUAUCCAAUCAAAGUGGCCGAGUUUCCAAGCUGGGAAAUGAAACUCAUUUCCUUUUUUUCGGACUCUAUCCGGGGACAACAUAUUCUUUCACCAUUAGAGCUAGCACGGCCAAAGGCUUUGGACCUCCAGCGACAAAUCAGUUCACCACAAAAAUAUCAGCACCCUCUAUGCCAGCGUAUGAACUGGAGACACCUUUAAACCAAACUGACAACACGGUGACAGUCUUGCUGAAACCUGCACAGAGUAGAGGCGCUCCUGUCAGUGUCUAUCAAAUUGUUGUUGAGGAAGAACGUGCUCACAGGACCAAAAAGGCGUCAGAAAUCCUGAAAUGCUACCCAGUGCCCAUUCACUUCCAGAAUGCGUCUGUUCUCAACUCGCAAUACUACUUUGCUGCCGAGUUUCCUGCCAACAACCUUCAAACCGCUCAACCUUUCACUAUUGGAGAUAAUCGCACAUACAGUGGAUACUGGAACACACCUCUGCUCCCUCAUAAAAGCUACAAAAUUUAUUUUCAAGCUGCUAGCAGAGCUAAUGGGGAAACCAAAAUUGAUUGCGUCAGGGUGGCCACAAAAGCUGCGAUAAUCGUGACUCAGCUUACAACACCAUACAUUCGCAUCGCCCCUGCUGCAGGCGACGGCCAACUAACAGGAGCUGCCACUCCAAAGCCAGAUCCAGAACCAGAGAAACAAACCGACCACACGGUUAAAAUCGCUGGCGUCAUUGCAGGCAUCCUGCUGUUCGUCAUUAUAUUUUUGGGAGUUGUGUUGGUGAUGAAGAAACGGAAAUUGGCCAAGAAGAGAAAGGAAACAAUGAGCAACACCCGGCAGGAGAUGACGGUGAUGGUGAAUUCGAUGGAUAAAAGCUACGCUGAGCAAGGCACCAACUGUGAUGAGGCAUUCUCUUUCAUGGAUACCCACAAUCUCAAUGGGAGAUCUGUAUCCUCACCAUCAUCCUUUACAAUGAAAACUAAUACACUGAGCACAACAGUGCCUAAUUCUUAUUACCCAGAUCCAUUUGUGCCAACUGCAAUUUUAGUGCCAAUAAAUGACGAAACCCACACAAUGGCCAGUGAUACCAGCAGCCUGGCCCAGACUCACACGUACAAGAAACGCGAGCCGGCCGACGUGCCCUAUCAGACUGGGCAGCUGCACCCCGCCAUCCGGGUAGCCGACCUGUUGCAGCACAUCACACAGAUGAAGUGUGCGGAAGGCUACGGCUUCAAGGAGGAAUACGAGAGUUUCUUUGAAGGACAGUCUGCACCCUGGGACUCAGCAAAGAAAGAUGAGAACAGAAUGAAAAACAGAUAUGGGAAUAUCAUCGCAUAUGACCAUUCUCGGGUGAGGCUGCAGCCAUUAGAAGGAGAUGCAAACUCAGACUAUAUCAACGGAAACUAUAUUGAUGGUUACCAUAGACCCAAUCACUACAUUGCUACACAAGGACCCAUGCAAGAGACGAUAUAUGAUUUCUGGAGAAUGGUGUGGCAUGAAAACACUGCCAGUAUAGUCAUGGGAACAAACCUGGUGGAAGUCGGAAGGGUCAAGUGCUGCAAAUACUGGCCAGAUGACACAGAGAUAUAUAAAGACAUUAAAGUGACCCUGAUAGAAACGGAGCUGCUGGCUGAAUAUGUGAUUCGAACGUUUGCUGUAGAGAAGAGAGGAGCUCACGAAAUCCGGGAGAUCAGACAGUUCCACUUCACCGGCUGGCCAGACCACGGGGUGCCGUACCACGCCACCGGGCUUCUGGGAUUCGUCCGACAAGUCAAAUCCAAGAGUCCCCCCAAUGCGGGCCCCCUAGUCGUGCACUGCAGUGCUGGGGCCGGGAGAACCGGAUGCUUCAUCGUCAUCGACAUUAUGCUGGACAUGGCUGAGAGAGAGGGCGUGGUGGAUAUUUACAACUGUGUCAGGGAACUGCGAUCUAGGAGAGUUAAUAUGGUGCAGACCGAGGAGCAAUACGUGUUUAUCCAUGAUGCAAUCCUGGAAGCCUGCCUCUGUGGAGACACAUCGGUUCCUGCAUCUCAGGUUAGGUCCCUGUACUACGACAUGAACAAACUGGAUCCUCAGACGAACUCCAGUCAGCUCAAAGAGGAGUUUCGGACUCUAAACAUGGUCACUCCAACUCUGCGCGUAGAGGACUGCAGCAUAGCGCUCUUACCCCGGAACCAUGAGAAGAAUCGUUGCAUGGACGUCCUUCCUCCUGACCGAUGCCUGCCUUUCCUCAUAACUAUCGACGGAGAGAGCAGCAACUACAUCAAUGCGGCUCUGAUGGAUAGUUAUAAGCAGCCAUCCGCUUUCAUCGUUACCCAGCAUCCUUUACCAAAUACAGUCAAAGAUUUCUGGAGGCUGGUCCUUGACUACCACUGCACCUCCGUGGUGAUGCUGAAUGACGUGGACCCCGCCCAGUUGUGCCCUCAGUACUGGCCGGAAAAUGGAGUACACAGACACGGGCCUAUCCAGGUGGAAUUUGUCUCUGCGGAUUUAGAAGAGGACAUCAUCAGCCGGAUAUUCCGAAUUUACAAUGCAGCCAGACCCCAAGAUGGGUACCGGAUGGUCCAGCAGUUCCAAUUCCUGGGCUGGCCAAUGUACAGAGACACACCUGUUUCCAAACGCUCUUUCCUGAAACUCAUCCGCCAGGUGGAGAAGUGGCAGGAGGAGUACAACGGUGGUGAGGGAAGGACAGUUGUGCAUUGCCUAAAUGGAGGCGGUCGCAGUGGGACGUUUUGUGCAAUCAGCAUUGUUUGUGAAAUGCUCCGGCACCAGAGGGCAGUCGAUGUUUUCCAUGCUGUAAAAACGCUGAGGAACAGUAAGCCGAACAUGGUGGACCUUCUGGAUCAGUACAAGUUCUGCUACGAGGUGGCUUUGGAAUACUUGAAUUCUGGCUGAUUAUGGAAGCAGCCCCUCCUCCCCCUUUGCCCGACCAAGCCAAGUUGUUUCAUGAUAUUUAUGUAUAUGGGAUGAAGACUUCUCAAUGUUAUGCUUAUUUUGCUUUGUAUAAUUGGCUCUUUUUAAGAGCCCAAGAACGUGUUUAUAAAACUGCUCGCCCUGUCCGUUUUCCACUGUAAUGCCGCUGCUUGUCCGAACCACAAACUUUGCAGUUGUUGGAAAUUUUCCUCCUCAUAGUCUACAUGCUAGGCCAGCCUGAUGUCUGGUGAAUUUAAGAGCACAAUUAUAUUCUUAUGAAGGAAUUUGUACUUCUGGGGUUAUUUUUGGUUGCCAGUGAUCCUUUGUUAUUGUCACAGCGUAAUGUAUAUUUUUGUUCUGUGGAGAAUGCUGUCUGGCAUUAUGAUAAUAUAUAAUUUUAGUUGAUAUUCGUAUUCUAACAUGCAUAAUAAAAGUGUAUGUAGCUUAUCGGAACUAACAGAUAAUCACCUUACCUUGUUGAAUUGUUUCUAUCGGAUUUGUAUUGUUUGAGGGAGAGAGGAUGGGUAGGAAAUUCUGUUUGAAAGUGCAGAACAAGACGAUCAGAUUAAUAUAUCCAAAGCUUUUUCAUUUGUUUAUAUUGUAAAUAUUUUUUGAUUUCAUCAAAUUAUUUAUUCAUUAAAAGAAAUUUUGUCAAGUA